CUGACUCACCACCCACAACCCACAAAUGGCUGAAAUAGUUCUCUACGACACUGCUGGGAGCAUCAUUAGGAGUUUGAGUUCUCUUGCUCUCCAAGAGAUUGGAGUGUUAUGGGGUUUCAAAAAUGAGCUUCGAAAGCUCGGGGAUACUGUUUCCACCAUCCAAGCUGUGCUUUUGGACUCGGAGGAGAAGCAGGCCCAUAACCAUAUGAUCAAAGAUUGGCUUCGAAAGCUCAAGGAGGCCAUGUAUGACGCCGACGACUUGCUGGAUGACUACUCCACUCAACUUCUACGCCGACAACUGAUGACACGGGAUAAGAAGAUGGCAAAACAGGUACGCAUCUUCUUUUCCAAAUCGAACCAGCUUGUAUAUGGCUUUAAAAUGGGUCAUAGGAUCAAGGCAGUUAGGGCAAGACUGGAUGAAAUUGCAAUUGAUAGGAUCAAAUUUGGCUUCAAUGAGCACACCACAGCGACACAGUUUGAGCAUGUGAAAAGACAAGAUACACACUCAUUUGUACAUGGGGAAGAUGUCAUUGGGAGAGAGGAUGAUAAGGAGUCUAUUAAAAAGCUGUUAUUCGAUCCCAAUGUGAAUGAGAAGAAUGUUUCCAUAAUUCCCAUAGUUGGGAUUGGUGGACAAGGAAAGACCACGCUUGCGCAGUAUGUGUACAACGACGAGGAGGUUCGAAGACAUUUUGACCUGAGGAUGUGGGCAUGUGUCUCUGAUCCUUUUGACGUGAAAACUAUCAUUGUAAAGCUUAUAGAAUCUGCGACUAAGGAGAGACCUAAAAGCCUUGAGAUGGAUCCAUUGCAAAGUGAGCUUCGAGCAAAAAUUGAUGGGAAGCGAUAUUUACUUGUUUUAGACGAUGUGUGGAAUGAGAAUCAUGGUACAUGGUCCAACUUGGAAAAGUUGUUAGUGGGUGGCCUAAGAGGAAGCAAAGUUUUGAUUACUACACGUAGCGAAAAGAUUGCAGAGAUUACAGGUACAAUUUCACCAUAUCCUUUGAGAGGUUUAUCUGAAAGCAGUUCUUGGAAUUUAUUUAAGAAAAUGGCAUUUAAAAACGGGGAAGAGCCAAAUAAUCCAAAGCUAGUAGAAAUUGGAAGGGAGAUCAUACAAAAGUGUGCACAAGUUCCUCUUGCUAUAAGGAGCAUUGGGGGUCUAUUAUAUUUCAAAAAUUCGGAAGAUGAUUGGUUGUACUUUAAAAACCAUGAUCUUUACAAAAUAACUCAACAAGAAAAUGAUAUUUUUCCAAUACUUAAGUUGAGUUAUGAUCAUCUCCCAUCACACUUAAAGCAAUGUUUUGCCUUUUGUUCAUUGUUUCCAAAAGAUUAUGAAAUUGAAAUGAAGGUGUUGAUUCAGUUAUGGAUAGCUCAAGGCUUUCUUCAUUCAUCAUAUGGAAAUAGACAUCUUGAAGAUAUUGGUCGUGAAUAUUUUAUGGAUUUGCUUUGGAGGUCGUUUUUCCAAGACGUACAAAGAGAUAUAGUUGGUGAAAUAGGAAAGUGCAAAAUGCAUGACCUUAUUCACGAUCUUGCACAGUCAGGAGCAGGUGAGGAGUGCACAAUUUUAUAUCCAGAUAGAGAAAAAGUAGUUGGAAGAACUCGUCAUGUGGCAUUUCAUUCUUCAGAUUCAUUACCAGAUAUUCCUGCUCUUUUGCCCAAGCCUAACAAAAUGAGAACACUUCUUCUACGCAUUCCAAUACUUCCAGGACAUGAUGAUGUAUUUAACUGGAACAAUUCAGUACUUGAAAUGAAUAAGCCAGUCUUUAAUACACUUAUUUCAAGUUUUAAAUGCUUGCGUGCUUUGAAUUUGAGUCGGUCGAAUAUUCAAAAAGUGCCGAAUUCCAUUGGAAAGUUAGAGCAUUUAAGAUUUCUAGAUCUGUCUAGGAAUGAAGAUAUCAAACUACUCCCUGCUUCUAUAACUAAAUUGCAGAAUUUGCAAACACUAAGACUUGAGUUUUGUCGUGGGCUUAAAGAAUUGCCAGAAGAGACUAGAAACUUAAUCAGCCUUAGGCAUCUUGGGCUAGAUGGGUGUGAUAGCUUGACUCAUAUGCCUCAUGGACUAGGAAAAUUGAUUGCUCUCCAAACAUUGUCGCUAUACAUUUUAGGGAAGAAAAAAAGUUUUCUUUCCAAGCCAAAGGGUGGGCUAGGGGAGCUAGAUGGUUUAGAUGAGUUGAGAGGAGACUUACGGAUCAAGGGUUUAGAGCACUCCAGAUAUUCUCCAUCAAAAGCUAAGGCUGCAAACUUGGAGAGGAAGCGACAUCUUCAGCGUCUGAUGUUAGAGUGGGACCCAGAACCUAGUGAUGAAAGUGAUAAGGCAAUUGCAAAUGAUGAACAACUGUUGCAAAACCUUCGGCCACACCUAAAUUUGAAAUUAUUAUAUAUAGUUGGGUAUGCAGGUGUGAGGUUAUCUAGUUGGGUGUCCUCGCUCUCAAAUUUGACUUGUAUUCGAAUAUCGGAUUGUAAAUGGCUUCAACAUAUCCCACCAUUGGACCGAUUCCCUUUUCUCAAGCGUCUUUGUCUUAGUCACUUAAGUGAGCUGGAGUACAUAAGCAAUGAUGGUAAUGACGUGUCCUCUUCUCCCCUCAAAUUUCUAGUACUUGCUAAUUUGCCAAAGUUGAGGGGAUGGCGAAAGACGAGGGAAACAGAUCAUCUUCCGUUAUUCCCUUCAUUUCCUUCCCUUUCUUUUUUAUGUAUACAAAAUUGCCCUAUGAUGUCGCUAACAACACCCUCCUCUCCCUCUCCCCUUUUUGAUCUCUCCAAAUUGAAGUAUCUUUAUCUUAUAGAAUUAGAGCAACUUGAAUAUCUGCCACUAGAGUGGCUGCAGAACCUCACUUCUCUUGAGACCCUGGGGAUUUUGGAUUGUCGUAAAAUGAGAAUAUCAAUUUCUCCACUCUUUCAACAUCUCACCUCACUUGAAAAUCUGACUAUUCUUCACUGCAAAGAACUUACCAGCAAUGAGAAUGAAGAUGGCGCACAUGGCCUUGGAGCUACAAGAUUUGGUCAUCUAUCUAUCAUUGGCGUUCCAAAUUUGGUUUCUCUCCCAAGAGUGCUUAGAGAUGUUACCACUCUGCAAGGGCUUCAAAUUAUGGUUUGCCCUAGUUUGGUGUCUUUACCGGAGUGGAUAGGCGAUCUCCCUUCACUUCAGGAGCUUGAAGUCGUAAAUUGUCCGAAGCUAAUAUCAUUGCCCGAAGGUAUGCGCCGCCUCACCUCUUUACGUCGUUUGACAAUUGCGGGGUGUCCUUGCUUGGAGGAAAGAUGUGAGCAAGGAACGGGAGAGGAUUGGCCAAAGAUUGCUCACGUCCCAAACUUUCGUAAAGGCGGCGAUGGUCAUGUUGAAGAAUGGGUAGCAAGUCGAAUUCGCCAAUAUCUUGAGGAGGCAUUUAGUUUCACGUAUGAACGCUUCUUGAGACAAUCAGAUUUCUGCAAAGCUCGAACAUUUACAGUCUGUCAGCUUGAGCAGCAACUGUUUGAUCAUGUUUUCCCAUCUUCUUCAGAGGAUGUUUCAAGUUUGGCUUCAUUGAUUAGUCCUCUGUUUAUUCAUCAAAUAUUCUCCUCUUUUUCCAUGUGGUGCCAUCGUUGAGGCUUAUUCAAUAGAAAGUAUAAUUUGUAAUACAGUGGGGAUCAAUCAGAGUUUUCAUGGCUAUGAUCUACUUAGCUUAACCAACUUCAAUUUCAUGUGCUUUUUGUAACUUUACAAAGUUGAACCGAAGUUUGUGACUUUGUUCUGUAGCUUGAUGUGAUAUUGCAACUCAGAUACAAGUGAAGGAAGAUGGAUCUAAGAGGAGGUUUGCUACUUAUGAUUAAGUUGUCCUUUAGCUUAUAAUUUGUUCUUCAUUUUUACGUUUCUCUUGUGGACCGAAGAGGAGGUCAUACUUUGAAUGAAGUUCGAUAAUUGUUUGCAAAGAAUGGGUGCAUUGAUCUAUCGUUUUAUUAUGCAUUUUUCUCUCCAAUUUACAGCUUACUUUAUAUAGAGACAGCUGAUAGACCUGGAUUACUGGUAGAAAUCAUCAAUAUUAUUGCUGAUUUCAACAUUGAUGUGGAAUCAGUGGAGAGUGACACAGAACAGAGACUUGCAUAAAAAAUUAUCAAUUGAUGAAGUGGAUGUGAGAAUCAUUGGGGGAUUUCUACAAUAUACUGGGAUAUGCAGCCUCACUUGUACUCAAAACAAGGGACACUAUACAGAGCACUUUCAUGAUGAGGAUGAUCGGGUUUCUUCCACUUGCUUGAAAGCAUUUUAAUCCCAAAAGGCAGUGAGAAUGCUUGCUUGUCUUCAAGUGAAAUCAGUUGUUUUGCUGACUGGAAUUGAAGAUCAUGUUAGCCAUCCACUCUGUUUAUGUGUCUCUUGUUAGUGCAGUGCUCGUAUUGAUCUCAAUUGUUGUAAAAUGCGAAUAUCCAUGUCUCCCCUCUUUCAGCAUCUCACCUCACUUGAAAAUCUGUCUAUUCUUCGCUGCAAGGAACUUAUCAGCAAUGAGAAUGAAGAUGGCGCAGGAUGCCUUGGACCUACAAGAUUUGGUCAUCUAUCCAUAAUAGAUGUUCCAAAUUGGUUUCUCUCCCAAGAGAGCUUAGAGAUGUUACCACUCUCCAAGGGCUUCAAAUUAUGGACUAUCCUAGUUUGGCAUCUUUGCCAGAGUGGAUAGGCGAUCUCACUUCACUUUAGGAGCUUGGAAUCGUAAAUUGUCCGAAUUUAAUAUCACUGCCCGAAGGUAUGCACCGCCUCACCUCUUUACGUCGUUUGAUAAUUGCGAAGUGUCCUUGCUUGGAGGAAAGAUGUGAACAAAGAAUGGGAGAGGAUUGGCCAAAGAUUGCUCACGUUCCAAACUUUCAAAAUGGGGGAGAGGAACAAUUGAAGGUUUUACGUAUAGACGCUUCUUCGAACCUUGCCGAGAAUCAGAUUUGAAGCAACAGGAGCUUUGAAUAUAUUAAAACAGAGCUUUGAAUACUAACAUAGAGAUACUUUCAGAUCUGCAUAUCACCCACUAAUUUCAUUUUUCUCUGAGAAGAAUGAGCUUCGUGAUGAGAAGCAGAGGCUCAAGGUGGGCAAAGAGAAGUUGGAGGAGCAUGUGAAAGCAAUGAGUGCUCAACCAGGCUCCUGCCUCAUCCCUCUGCAAUGUUGGGUACAUUUUCUGCUCAAGCUGAUGCCUUUCAUUGGUUGUCCCAACAUGGCAAUUCAUGGCACCUGCUGUUGUUGACACAUCACAGGAUCAUGUAUUACGCCCUUCAGUUGCUUAAAAUUGAACACACCCAGGGUUUGGUUCAUGCUACUUGCAAGGCAAUGGUGUUUCUUUUAUUAUGUUUUUUAUGUAAUUGUUUUCAACUACUUCUGUGUUGGUAUCUUAGGGUCAGAGAUGUAAAUAGGUGCAACAUCUAUGUAUAGACAGCAUAGUGACUAGAACUUGUUGUGGAUUUCUGCUCAUCUUGUGUACAAUAAAAUAUGCAAAUGCU